GACUGUUGUCACUUGCUCUGUUCUUCUCGUUGGGUGAGGAGUGACUUCGGAUUGUGUUCUCCGUAUGGACCUAAACUCAGGCAGCUUGCAGUGAAUUUGGGAGCACACAAUUCAUUCUUUGGAGUAAUGACUUGCAGCCGUUAUGUCUGAAGCAUCAACAUCUGGACGAUCACACUCGGAAGACCUUUCUAGAUCGUUGUAUUCACAGCAACAACUGUCGUCUGCAAGAGGUGCUGAAAACGUGUGCCAACAUUCAGUCACUGGAAUCGCUUUAUCCGUGUCCGCAACCCGAUAGCGACUUUAACGACGUGUACUUCACUACGCCGACUGUGGAGGACAAGAUGAUCUCACCCAAUCCGUAUUCGCUGAGUGGAUUCAUAUCCAACAGCAGCUGUGCGACCAGCGAAGAUGCCUUCACCGAUAUUGUGCUGGAGGAUGACAAUCGCAUCUCGUUGGCCUAUGAAAAUCUAUGCACAAUUCCAAGACGAUUGGCGGACAAGUUUGCUGCACAGACCAAGUUCCUUGAUUUGAGUCACAACAAUUUUCAGAACCUCAAGUUUCUUUCUUUCUUUGAGGAUCUGCAUACGCUCAUCCUGGAUCGCAAUGGUAAUUUAGAUGUGAACACACUUCCCUACCUGCCCAACCUUAAAAUAUUGUGGAUAAACAAUUGUGAUAUUUGCAACAUCACCGAUUGGAUACAUCGCAUAGAGCGACGCUGUCCGGCACUGGAGCAGCUUUCCUGCAUGGGCAAUCCGGGUAUUCAAACCGUAUUCAAAAAUCACGGUCCCGCCUCAGCUGAUGCCUAUGCUCGCGACUAUAUACUCCAAGUGCUGCCCAAUCUCAAGUAUCUGGACGGUGUACCGCGUUAUGGUUACGGCGAGCAAGAUCACACCAUGGAAAAUGGACGUCGAACUGCCGCCUCAUCCUCAUGUGCGUCCAUGGCUGGACACGGACAAGAGUCCACGAGCACCUCGGAGAAGCCACACAGAGGCAGCAAAGGUGCAUCGCCCACGCUCAGCUUUAAGGAAUUCUUUCGAGUGAAGCCGGCAAAGAAGUUGCACACUCGCAAUGGCAAUGGUUCGUCCACCAACUAAAGAUUCAAGCGUAUCACAAACUCAAGAACUUUCCAUUGAGUUGAAACACACCACACAACACAAAGAUUGUUGCAUUGGGCUGCUGAUGUUUUAUUUUUAGUCCAAGCAACGAUGAGGCCUUAUCACUUCAGGCCUUUGCGAUACCCUAGCUGUUGUCCAGUCCAUUGCACUCGAUUACACCUACAGAGAGACUCUCAUAUGUUCAUUGUAAAUAUGUACAAUCUGUAUGUGUGCCUGUGUGUGUAUGCGAACAAAACAAUGAUGAUUACAAAUUCAAUUCAAUGUGGACUGCAAGAAGAUUCCACUAACCCCAUUUACAACAAUAAUACACAAUAGUAAACAGUACGGUAUCUAUUAGAGCUUAAAAAAUAAGUAACAUAUGACAGUAAGCAAACACCUGGAGUUUUCUUGACUAUCUAUAUUAUGCUCCUUAAAUUUGCCUAUAAGUAAAA